CCUCCCGUGCGUGCCUGUCUUUGCAUCUCCACUCUUCUCUCUCCCCUCCUCCGGAUCGAUCGCCGGCCGAGAUCUCCACAGGGCCGGGCACUCGGUGGGCUCGUCCUUGUUCCCCGCUGUGUUUUGCCGAGUCAAGGGUGUCUCUUUGGAGGCUCGGCGAGAUGCUGCUCGUGGUGAUGUGAUUGCAUAGCAACACAGCAGCCGGGGCGGUGGAGGAGGAGAGGCAGCGUGCGGCAGCGGUGCUCAGCCUCAGCAUGCAUCCCUGUCACAGGGACUCCUCUGCUGCUUCACACACACAGCCCCUCUCCCUGCUCCCGAAGCCCGCUGCCCCUGCGUCUCAGACCUGGUGGACUCGGAAGGUGCUCCAUCCCCAUGACCAUCAGUUCUAAUGCAGCCCCUGGUGAUGCAGGAAUGGCUCUACGUCCUCCCGCGAUGUCCUGAGUGGCACAUCCCGGACCAGGCGCAGCACAGCAGCACUGCCCGCCCGCUGUCUCAGGUUGAAGCCUCGCAGGAUGGUGCAGGACCUUCGUGUGUAACCCCCCGGGCUCCAAGCAGUGCUGCCGGGCCCCAGGCCCCUCUGGAGAUGAAUCUUUGCUGGAACGAGAUCAAAAAAAAAUCCCACAGCCUUCGGGCUCGGCUGGAGGCCUUCUCUGACCACAGUGGGAAGCUGCAGGUGCCUCUGCAGGAGAUCAUCGACUGGCUGGGGCAGAAGGAUGAGGAGCUGUCGGCACAGCUGCCCCUGCGGGGCGAUGUGCUCCUGGUGCAGCAGGAGAAGGAGACACACGCGGCUUUCAUGGAAGAAGUGAAGUCUCGGGGACCAUACAUUUACUCUGUCCUGGAGUCAGCACAGGCUUUCCUUUCCCAGCACCCAUUUGAGGAAUUAGAAGAACCAGCUUUAGAAAGCAAAGAUGUGUCUCCCCGGCACCGGAUCCAGAACAUCAGCCGCUUUGUCUGGAAGCAGGCGAACGUGGCCAGCGAGCUGUGGGAGAAGCUCACGGCCCGGUGCGUGGACCAGCACCGCCACAUUGAACGGACACUGGAGCAGCUGCUGGAGAUUAAAGGGGCUAUGGAAGAGCUCAGCACGACCCUGGACCAGGCUGAAAGCGUGAGGGAGACCUGGGAACCCAUCGGGGACCUCUUCAUUGACUCCUUGCCAGAGCACAUCCAGUCAACCAAGCUGUUCAAAGAGGAGCUCUCCCCUGUGAAGGAUGGGGUGAAAGUGGUCAAUGAUCUUGCACACCAGCUUGCCAUCUCAGAUGUCCACCUGUGCAUGGAGAAUUCCCGCACCCUGGAGCAGAUCAACACCCGCUGGAAACAGCUGCAGGCCUCCAUAAACGAACGCCUGAAGCAGCUCCAAGAUGCCCACCGGGACUUUGGACCAGGCUCUCAGCACUUCCUCUCCUCCUCUGUCCAGGUUCCCUGGGAGCGAGCCAUUUCCCCCAACAAAGUGCCAUACUACAUCAACCACCAGGCCCAGACAACGUGCUGGGACCACCCAAAGAUGACAGAGUUGUACCAGACGCUGGCGGAUUUGAACAACAUCAAGUUCUCAGCUUAUCGGACGGCCAUGAAACUCCGGCGGGUGCAAAAAGCCCUUCGAUUGGACAUGGUCACCUUGGGCACAGCUUUGGAAAUCUUCAAUGAGCACGACCUGCAGCCCAGCGACCGGGCGAUGGACGUGGUGGAGGUCAUCCACUGCCUGACCGCCCUCUACGAGCGGCUGGAGGAGGAGCGGGGCAUCCUGGUGAACGUGCCCCUCUGCGUGGACAUGAGCCUCAACUGGCUGCUGAACGUCUUUGACAGCGGCCGCAGCGGGAAGAUGAGGGCUCUCUCCUUCAAGACGGGCAUUGCGUGUCUGUGCGGGACAGAGGUCAAGGAGAAGUUUCAAUAUCUCUUCAGCCAAGUGGCGAACGCCGGGGGACUGUGUGACCAGCGGCACCUCGGCGUCCUGCUCCACGAGGCCAUCCAGGUCCCGCGCCAGCUGGGGGAGGUGGCAGCGUUCGGGGGCAGCAACGUGGAGCCCAGCAUCCGCAGCUGCUUCCGCUUCAGUAAUGGGAAGUCUGCCAUUGAGGCAUCCCAGUUCCUGGAGUGGGCCAACCUGGAGCCACAGUCCAUGGUGUGGCUGGCGGUGCUGCACCGGGUGACCAUGGCCGAGCAGGUGAAGCACCAGACCAAGUGCUCCGUCUGCCGGCAGUGCCCCAUCAAAGGGUUCAGGUAUCGGAGCCUGAAGCAGUUCAAUGUGGAUAUCUGCCAGACCUGCUUCCUCACCGGGCGAGCCAGCAAGGGCAACAAGCUGCACUACCCCAUCAUGGAGUACUACACCCCGACCACAUCCAGUGAGAACAUGAGAGACUUUGCCACGACACUGAAGAACAAGUUUCGGUCCAAGCAGUACUUCAGCAAGCACCCACAGAGGGGUUACCUGCCCGUCCAGUCUGUGCUCGAGGCUGACUUCUCUGAGACCCCAGCCUCCUCCCCGAUGUUGCCACACGCCGACACACACUCCCGGAUCGAGCACUUUGCCAGCAGGCUUGCAGAGAUGGAAAGCCAGAACUGUUCCUUCUUCAGUGAUAGCCUGUCCCCUGAUGACAGCCUGGACGAGGACCAGUACCUGCUGCGCCAUUCCAGCCCUAUCACCGACAGAGAGCCUGGGGGCAGCCAGCAGGUUCCAGGAAGCCUCAACAUGGAUGACAAGGGAGAGCUAGAGCGAGUGCUGGCUCACUUAGAGGAUGAAAACAGGAUCCUCCAGGGAGAGCUGAGACGUUUGAAAUGGCAGCAUGAUGAGGCAGUGGAGUCCCCAACCUUGGCUACAGGCUCUCCCGAAUCAGUGCAAGACCCACGUAACGACGAGCUCCUGGCAGAAGCACGAAUCCUCCGGCAGCACAAGAGCCGCCUGGAGACACGGAUGCAGAUCCUGGAGGACCACAACAAGCAGCUGGAGUCACAGCUGCACAGGCUGAGGGAGCUGCUGCUGCAGCCUCCAGCAGAGUCAGAAGGCAAUGGUUCAGCAGCCUCUUCCUUGGCUUCAUCUCCACAUCAGUCAGAAGGCAGCCAGGCAAAGGAGAAAGAGCACAACACCCCUGACACUGAAACUGCAGAUGAGGUGGAAGCCAAAACCCAGGAAGUCAGCAUGUGCCUGGAAGACAUAAUGGAGAAGCUGCGGAGCACCUUCCCCAACUCUCGAGGUAUGACCUCCCUUAUCUAACACCUCCUGUGAGCCAGAGGCUUUUCCUAACCAGCUACUUGGCUGCUUUCCUCCCCCUGUCUCCCUGCCAUGCUCCCUGUGCUGCAGCAGACCUCACACAGACUCCCUCCGAGCUGGUGGUGCAGGAUGCUUGCCAGCUCCAGAAGAUCUCAGGGGAACAUGGGUCACGCAGGAGUGGGACUGUGGGCUCCCCAGGAGGCUGGUUUGGUCACUCAGCCACAGUGUCCAAGCCUGGGUGGGAUGGUUCAGAAGAAGCAACUGAAGCCAUGAAAACUGCCUGUCUCCCCUGGCAGCCACAGGCUGCUGCCUUUGCUUGCAGCCCUCAGGGGAUGCUGAGCUCAGCAUCCCACUCUUCAUUUGUGCCCAGGAGCCUCCAGGUUUAUGGGCACCAAAACACUCCUGGAGCCACACAAUUUUUAAAAUAACUCUUUAUAACAGUAAGCAGCUGCCAGCCUUACGGUUUGAGCUCUGCCACCCAAGGCUCUGCAGCCAGCCAGGCACAUACCACCAGGAGAGAGUCUGUGAGGUUUAUGGAGUAGGGAUUGAGUCCAUGUUAGAGCUUCAGCCCAGCUAGUAGCCUUAUAUUGAGAGGGUCUUUAUAACAGAGCCUUAUUGUUGUUUAAUUUGCAUAUAUUUCUAUAUAUUAUAUAUAUAUAUAUACUGUACUUAAAUACUCUCAUGGGCUCACUCUAUUAAACUCUAAUACCUUAAGUGUAGCUGCCCUUCACUUUAAGACCAGCCCAACUCCUGCUCCCAGGGGAACCAGCACCUUCCCUGUUGCUGGUGUUGCCUUGCAGGGCAGCUGUGAGGGAGCUCAAUGAGGGCUGGACCCACAGCAGGUACUUCGUGGUUUCCUGGGGAUCCGUGCCUUUGCCAUGGCGCAGAGAGCCUGUCCUGCACUGACCCAGCUCCAUCCCUGGGCAGGGAGGGGUUUCUCCAGCCAUACUCCAGCCCCGCGGCCACCUUGGUCAGAUGCAAGUGCAUGGCAGUGUGGGUGGGCAGCAGGACAGGCAGGGCAUCUCCUUGCUACCCCCAGGGAGCAGCUGCCCUGCUGCUGUCCCCAGCUUUGGGUUGAGCUGGGGGCCUGGAGGCCCUCGUUGAAAGCGGGUCAGUCCCACGGGGCAGUGCAGGGAGGCUGUUCUGCCUCCGGCAGGGCAGCUUGGGGGUGGUGGCUCCUGGUCCCCAGGGGUCCCUCAGGCUGGCUGUCUUGUGCUGUGUUAUGUCGAGAAAGAGGCAGAGUCAGGUGCUGCAGGGUAACCCAGAGCAGGGGCUGAGAUGGCCCUGGUGCUCUGGGGCCAGAGGCUGUGGAAAGACGAGAGGCUUGAGCCCUCGGGGCAGGGCAGGGCUGCACACUGGGGUGAAAUACCCGACCUAAGCAGGGCUUGCAAGGAUAGAGCCAGGGCUGUUGUUGCUGGCUGGGACAGGAUUCGGGGCUGAGCUGUCCAGGGAAGUUGUGGCCAGGGCUGAGUGUCAGGCCCAGGGCUGUGGGCUUGGCUUUGGGGUGUUGGCAGAGGUGAGGAGCAGUGCCCACACCAAGAACAAGGCGGUGUGAGCCUUACAGCCAGGGGUAUUCAGUGUGUAGGGCUCCAGUGUCUACUGGCAGCAGCGUGGGUGGCUGUCCUUGCUCUCCGCUGUCCCGGCCAGGUGAGUGGCAGGAGGGCAGUGCGGUGGCAUUAGGGUGGCUUUGGGCAUGCUGUGUCAGGCUGUGGGUCAGAGGGCCCACAGGCCAGCCUGUGAGACCCAGCUGGACCCCUCUGUUAUCCCAGGGGCAAGAUGGGAACAAGCGUGGGGAGCAGCAGAGUGAGGUUUGGCCUGAGAGUGUGGUCAGGAGUAUCCAGCCUGGGGGGGAGCUGGAGGAAGAAAAAGGGCAGGAUGAGGAGCUGCUGGCCCCAGAGCCAGGUGUGGGGAGCAGAGGGGGCCAGGUUGGGUGCUUGGGCUGUGUUUGGGAGCUAGGAUGUGUCAGGGAGGGGAGCAGGCUGGUUAAUGCUCUGGUAACCAUGUACUGUGGUGCUGCUGUCCUCACUGCUUUGUGGCAUCUCUGAUCUGGAAAGAGAAUAAAUUUGUAUUUAUACUGAGA